UUUUUCUCUGUUCUUUGUGUCAUUAGUGUAAGAUCAGACUCACAUGUGUCCAGCUCUGUGUCUGUGAAGAGUGACUGUUCAAAACAUGAACCACCAUACUUCAGUGAGAAAAAAACAUCAUCUACCAAAAGUGUAAGAUCAGACUCACAUGUGUCCAGCUCUGUGUCUGUGAAGAGUGACUGGUCAAAAGAAGGUGUGCCACCGGACUUAAGUGAGAAAAAAACAUCAUCUACCAAAAGGGUUCAAUAUGAGACAUUAGAUUCAGACGUCCAGACUCACAGGAACUACAAGAAUUUCAAAGACAAUCUCCUGUGGAUCUUCAAGGAUCUUGAAAGCAAAAUAAUUGAAUUUCUGAAGAAUGAGAUGAAAAAGUUUAAGAAAAUAUUACAAGAAGAAGACUUACAAUACUUUGUGAAGGAUUUUAAUGAGAACAGAUGCAGCAUCAAAGAAGCAGCUCUUGAUCUCACACUCUACUUCCUGAGAGAGAUGAAGCAAGAUGAAGCUGCUGAUACUUUAGAAGAUGAGCUGUUCUUCAUUCAUCAGCUAAAAUGUAGCUUAAAGAAGAAGUGUCAAUGUGUGUUUGAAGGAAUUGCAAAGCAAGGUGACUCUACACUUCUGAAUAACAUCUACACAGAUCUCUAUAUCACUCAGGGUUGUAGUGAACAGGUCAAUACUGAACAUGAGGUAAGACAGAUUGAAGUUGCUUCCAGGCGUCAUGAAUCACAAGAAAUACAGGUUGAAUGCAAACAUUUGUUUGAAGCACCUGAACAAGACAAGCAGAUCAGAACUGUACUGACAAAAGGAGUUGCUGGCAUCGGAAAAUCAGUCUCUGUGCAGAAGUUUGUUCUGGAUUGGGCUGAAGGAAAAGAAAAUCAAGAUAUCAGCUUCAUAUUUCCUCUUCCAUUCAGAGAGAUGAACUUAAAGGAUCAAGAAAAACUAAGUUUGAUGGACCUUAUAAAUCAGUUUUUUCAAGAGACAAAAGGUCUGAACCUUACAAGAAGGAACCAAAAAGUCCUGUUCAUUCUUGAUGGUUUGGAUGAAUGUCGUCUUCCUCUAAACUUUAAGGAAAAUGACGUGUGGUGUGAUGUUCCAUCACCAGCCUCUCUGGAUGUUCUCCUAACAAAUCUCAUCAAGGGAAAUCUGCUUCCUUCUGCUCUCAUCUGGAUCACCACCAGACCAGCAGCUGCCAGUAAGAUUCCUCCUGACUGUAUCGACCGUCUGACAGAGAUACGAGGAUUCAGUGAUGCACAAAAGGAGGAGUACUUCAGAAAAAGAUUCACAGAUGAGGAUCUGGCCAGAGAAAUCAUUGAUCAUGUUAAAAAAUCAAAGAGUCUUUUUAUCAUGUGCCACAUCCCAGUCUUCUGCUGGAUUUCAGCCACUGUUCUCCAGAACAUUUUGGAAGAGAAAAAAAAUAAUGUUGUGAAAAACAAUAAGGCUUAUGACAAAUCCAAAAUACUACAGGAAUCAAAUACUGAAGACAUUCCUAAGACUCUGACACAAAUGUACACACAAUUUUUCCGCUUUCAGAUCCUGCAGAGCAGACGAAAGUAUGAUGGAGAAUUUACACCAGAUGUUUCCUGGGAUAAAGAUGCCAUAUUUUCACUGGGGAAACUGGCAUUUCAUGAGCUGGAAAGAAACAAUGUAAUCUUCUAUGACACAGAUCUGAAAGACUGUGGUAUUGACGUCUAUAAGGCAUCAGUGUAUUCAGGCAUGUGUACCCAGAUCUUUAAGGAGGAAAGAGGGAUUGUUCUUGGUACCAUGUACUGCUUUGUUCACUUGAGCAUUCAAGAGUUUAUUGCAGCCCUUUAUGCUCAACUGUUUCUAGACAUCAACAAGAAAUAUGUGUUUGAUCAAGACUCUAUAGAACGGGAAAACAAAAGUGAAACCAAGAUUGAUUUGCACAAGACUGCAGUGGACAAGGUGCAUGAGAGUCGCAUGAGAGUCCUUCGCUUCCUUCCCAGACUGUCACUCCCGUCCAAAAAAAACAUGAUAAAGAAGAGAAGUAUAUUUGUUCAUGAGUCUACAGAGCAGGAAAACAAUAGUGACACCAUGAUUGAUUUGCUCAAGACUGCAGUGGACAAGGCACUAGAGAGUGAUAAUGGACACCUGGAUCUUUUUCUUCGAUUCCUCCUUGGUUUGUCACUCCAGUCCAAUCAGCGACUCUUACAGGGUCUGUUGAGACAACAGGAUGGAAAUGACCAAAUCAAAAAGGAAAUAGUUCAGUACAUCAAGCAGAAAUUUGAAGCUAAUCUGUCUCCAGAGAGAUCCAUCAAUCUGUUCUACUGUCUGAAUGAACUGAACGACCAAACUCUGGUGAAAGACAUUCAGACCCACCUUAGCAAAGGAAGUCUCUCAUCUGCUGAUCUUUCACCUGCCCAGUGGUCUGCUUUGGUCUUUGUGUUGUUGACAUCAGAGGAGGAGCUGGAGGAGUUUGAGCUUCAGAAAUUCAAGAAAUCAGACGAGUGUCUCAUUAGAUUAUUGGCAGUCAUCAAAACCUCCAAAAGAGCUCUGCUAAAUGACUGUGGUUUAACAGACAAAAGCUGUUCAGCUCUGGCUACAGUUCUUGGAUCAGAUACCAGUCUGAAAGAGCUGAACAUGAGCAAUAAUAAUCUGCAGGAUUCAGGAGUGAAGCUGCUCUGCGCUGGACUGGAAAAUAUGAAGUGCAAUUUGGAGAUACUGAAACUUUCAGACUGCAGUAUCACUGAAGAAGGUUAUAAAGCUCUGGCUUCAGCUCUGAGAUCAAACCCUUCACACCUGAUAGAGCUGGAUCUCACAGGAAAUGAUCCUGGACAAUCAGGAGUGAAGGAGCUCAGUGAUUUACUACAGGAUGGACUCUGUUCAUUAAAGACCAUCAGGUUUUUGAAAAGUCCUGCUGCAGAGGAAGCGUGUGAGUAUCUCACUGGAGUUCUGGGUAAAAGUCCAUUACUACUGAAAGAACUGGAUCUGAGUGGAGAUAAAUUAGGAGAUCUGGAUGGGGAGAAACUCUCUGCUCUUUUGAUGGACUCUCAUAGCAAACUGGAGAAAAUAAUGCUGAAUAAUUGUGAGCUGACAGAGAAAAGGUGUUCAGUUCUAGCUACUGUUCUCUCCUCCAAAACCAUCCUGAAAGAGAUGAACCUGAACAACAGUCGUCUGCUGGACUCAGGAGUCAAAGAGAUCUGUGAGGGACUGAAGAAUCCUGUGUGUGAGCUGAAGAUACUGAAGUGAGUACAUUUCACCAACAGCUAC